AUGAGCAAAAAACAAACAACCCAUACUCGUAAAUUUCUUAGAACAGAUGCCAGACGCUUGACACCCGAAGCUAUCGAAGAAAUUAGAAAUGCUCGGAAUAAUAUUCCAGAUGCUCGGCGUAUUAUGUGUAAAAAAUAUCGUAUAGGAUCAACAACAUAUCAAAAAAUAAUUGAUAAUCAGAGGCCUCCUGAACCUACUGAGGAAUGGCGUAGAAUCUUAGAAUCUGUUAGCAUCUCUGACCAGAUUUCAGAAAAUAAUCAGGAAUCUUCACAUGAUACUUCCUCCUCUACUCAAGAAGAUGGGAUUAUUCAUAUGGAGCAUCAUGCAGAUGAUGAGAAUGGUCCAAAUUCCCAUAUUGAGUAG